GAUGGUUUAGAGUGCAGCCCUUUUUCAACCGGGGUAUUGAAAUAAAAGUUUUUGUAUUAAUUAAAAAUUAUGUUUGUUGCAUGUUUUAAUGGUAAUGCGCAUGCGUACAUCAGUGAGUAGGUCGUCGCCCUAGUUUAGGCUCAGUAUAAUCAUUUUCCCUCUCUUGGAAAAAAUGGUGUGAUGGGAUUGCCUCAUUAAUUUUGUACCAUUUCAUUUUGCAAUUGAAUUAUUUUUCAGACUGUUCUGUUAGCCGAUAUUUUGCCUUCAUUCGUUAUCUCGAUAACAGCACCAUUUUUCAUGCAAAGAACGCGAUACAGGUUAGAUGAAAUUCAUAUUUUGCGUCAUCCAGGGGUGGAACAUACAUGAAACAAUGUCUCUUGGCUCAGUCUUUACCAGAAUUCAUGGUUUAGAUCUUAAAGUAUGACUGUCUUUUAUUAGUUUUGCACAAACAAAACACACUCUGGUCUGAGCCACUGCUUUUACUUUUUUCUCUUUUUUUACAUUAUUAUAACGUAUUGACUAGCCAGCUGAUCCGAUUGUUUACAAAUACCGUAUCAGUCAAACAAAGAAAUAGACUUAAGCAUAGAAAUAACAGGGUAAUUAAGUUUUAUCAAAUGAGUUGGUCACGUCUUGUGAAUGCAGCGAACACUAGUUACCAUGCUUUUCUCAUCAAUCUAGCGCAGCUAGUGCUGCACAUUUUGAUCUAAGUUAUGGAUAGAUUCAUUAAAUUUUAGCUGAUCUAUAUUUCAGCAAAUUAUAUGGAAGCUAAGUAGAGGAAAUGUUACAGAGAGCAACAUGCAUUGUGUGCAGUAAAUAUAUUUUAUUAGACGAUUUGGUGUGUAGUAUUGCUGAGCAUCGCCCAGAAUGCUAUUGUUUUUCGCGACAUGUACUUACAGUGCCCAAUUUAUCAACGCGCGGCAUAAUAAUUUACAGGUCUAGAAUUAGUCGGCUGUGAUUGGCCAACAGAUAUAGCUUUGGGAAUACUUGAGUCUAUUUGCAGAUUUUAGCUGCUGUCAGUCAAACUGUUGGAGGCGUAAAAAAUAUCCCAAGGUGCGAUAGAGUUUACAAUAGCGCUCCAAUUAAAGGCGGGCCGCUCUGUUGACAAAGCGUCUUGCAAAUUCGUGUCCAGCGUUAUUUUUAUUUGACUCAAUAGACGACUGACAAAAACGUUACCUGAAUUAUCGAAGAAGUUUCAUGUAGAACAGGCAGUUUAGAGAGCUUAACCUGUGAUCAGGUGGGCUUUUUUUUCCGAGUGCGAAGUGCGGCGGCAGGGGACUCGAAAUUGCAGGUUAGGCGGUGCUCAAUCAGCGAGUUACCUCUGAUCAGGUGAAUUUUUCCGCGCUCACUUACUCUAUGUUUUAAGCCUUUAUUUGCGUGCCCCCGUGAAAAGAGUAAACAGCGCGAAAAAAUGGCCUGACCGUUCCGGUUCAUUGUGAGCAGUGCGAUGCUAUUCGUGCGAGGGUCACUCGUGCCGUUAUAAUCCGCUGAUAUUUUUUGAUGUCUUACUGACUAAAUAGGUCUUAGUCUUCCCUGUUUCCAAACAGAGAAGAAGAAUUAAGCGAUUACAAAAACAUCGGCUGCAAAGGAGAUCGUAAAAUUGAUAGUCUGAAAUAUUUUCAUCUUAAAAGCCUUGCUCAAAUAGCGAGCGCUAGGCACGGGUCACUCACUUGAACUUCUCGCUCGCGCUCUUUUACUGUGCCGGUUAACGCAGUCCUGACCGAAAGUAUGUUGCUGGAUUUUUUUUCUCUUUGAAGUCCGAACGGCAAAGAGAAAAACAAACCGUGAAUUGUGACAUAUUUUGACGAGCCCAAAUAGCGAGUCAAAAUACGAAAAAUGACUUAAAAUACUCAGCAAUGCUAUACACCAAAACAUCUAAUAAGUUAUUUAUGAUUCACGCUUAUUAUUUUACAUGCAUUUAUUAUAGGGCGAGAAAAGCGAAGCAGAUAGAGAGUGUAACACGCGCAGUACAAAAUAACUAACCGUUCAAAAUCGCGCGAUAUUUGUACUGGACUCGCGCGUUCUCUGUACUCUACUUAGCGCAGUCACACAAUAUAAUAAAUGACGAGAUCGUCAGCAACAACUUCUGAAUGUAAUAUUGGUUCAAACAAGUCUCUAGCAUUCUGAGUAUAUAAAUAACCUUGACUAAGUUUAUGAUUUUUGCCUUAAUUAAAGACCUUAUCUUUCGGUUAAUUUGCUUUCUUUGCAGUGUACGCAUGACAAUAUGUGUUUUGUUUGCCUUCGCAAGUUUUUCCAUUGUGGCGUUUUCUCGUGUACUCUGGAUUACUUUGUUGGGUGAGAUUAAUGAAGCAGUGGGUGAGAUCUAUACAUGUGCAAGAGUGCUUUUUCUGAAAAUGAGUAUUCUUGCUUCGUAAGUGUUGACUAUUCUUGUUCGCAGUUGGUUUCAACACUUGUUUAUUUACCCUGAUGGUAGACUGUUUACCUUUCCUUCCAAUAGCAUAGAACAAAGUAUGGUUGAUAUUCAGUGAUUCUUAGAAAAACUCCAAAUUUUGCUACGUGAUACUUACACUUUCAGGUUUUAUACUACUUUAUAAGCUUUUUUUCCCUUGAAUUUUACACGAGUGUUUAUUCCUUGUUUCAAAUCGUGAAAAUAUAUAUACUGUAAAUACUGUCGCAUUCAGCUUUCAUUUUAUAGUUCCAGUUUCUCUUGAAACAGGAGUCACGCGGUAGAAGCGAAUCAUGUAUUUCUGCUGUUACGAAUUCGGCUAAACCAAGGCGUUCUAGUACGGAGUUAUGCCCGUUGCGCAAGGCGGAAAAAACGAGGUUCCGUAACUUACAGUAAGGAAUGAGAAAACAAAGCUAUUAAGAUAUUUAUCAUAUCUCUGGGUUCAAACAGGUUGGAAGGUUUCUACUCAAACAAACUUUUAAAUUUAGCGGGUCGUACUGUAAAAUACGCCCUCAAAAUUGACUAAUCAUAGCGCACGUAUUAGGUGAGAGGUAUGAUAAUUGUUAUUAGACCCUUGCCUGUUGUUUGAUAUUAAAACUUGAUAUUUUUAUUUGAACUACUAGGUGUAGCGUUUGCAAGUCUGAGUUCUGGAUUGGGAGAAACCACAUUACUGAGCUAUUCAGCUCAUUUUGAUAGGUGAGUAACGUCAAUUAGCACAUUGCAACCCCUCACAAGCAGACAUCUUUAGGGUUCAUUACAGGAGAAAGGGUUCAUAACAGGAGAACUGAAAGUUACCUUUUGUGCGACAUAGUUACCUAAGUAGCUAUCAGCCUGCGUAGCUGGCAAUUUUGUACAUGUGCCUAAAAAGUGAUGACAAAUUCAAACCUUUCGCAACUCUGUAGCUCAUUUUCAUGUCUUCACGGCUUGUUGGUUCAAAAAGCAUACAAAACCGCCAGUUGUACAGUCUGGCAGAACAAAUGAUGAGGGAAGAAACUCUUGAUAUGGCUUUGUAUAAAUUAUGCAUCUUCUGAUUUAGUGAUCCUAACAGUUUUCUUUGCCCUCAUGUAGUUGCAAGUGGUUCGACGAUCCAAAGACUCACCUAGGUUGUUACUUUAAAAAAAAUUAUCAGUAAAAUUUAUUGUUGUAAAACCCUCUUUCUUUUGUAUUCCCAGAGAUGUUGUAUCAACAUGGUCAUCUGGUACUGGUGAGUAAUACAUAGAUACAAGUGACAUUGUUUGACAGACAUUCACGCCAUGUCUCUCAUCAAGAUGAUCCUACCUCAAGUCUUUUAAAUUCAUGUAAUACAGCCCCAAGCCUUCCGUUUUUCAAGUCUUUUGCCUCUCCCCAUUUAACAGCUGUGGAGUGCUCUGGUAAAUUUUGAAGCUUGCUUUUCUUAAAUAGGAUCACAGGUAAUGUCAUGAGGAAAAUGAGAGGAGAAGGGAUACCAAGCUGCCAGCUUAAAUGCAGAGCAUGAUCAGUUUUAAGUGCUUGCAGCCAGGAGCUGCCAAUACUUUCAUCGUUUAAUUUAGGUCCAUAAAACAGACAGAAUUUAACUCAAUUAUCGCAGUUUAUAACAAUCGUCGCCAUAACCUUUUUUUUCUUUUUUGGCAGGGGGUUCUUCAGCAUUUGCUGCACUAUCCUAUGCUGGGCUCAUUUCUUCAGGGAUCACUCCAAGAAACACAGUGCUUAUAAUGAAUAUAAUACCAUUUCUAAUGGGAAUUUGGUAAAUAGAGAAUUUAGUUGACCUCCAAAUCCCUACUUUCCCCCUCCCUCCUUGUAGUCACAUAAAUUGUAGAGAAUGUACAGGGCUAGGGUUGAAACGUAUGUGCAUGUGAGAGGAAGGACCCACCUCUUGUCUUAUCAUGCAGAGAUACUUAGAUAUAGGCAUCGGCGCUCCCCUUCGAACAGAGUUAUUGCAGGUUGCAGAAGGUAACCCUUAAGUCCAAAUGUUUUACGAAUAUUGAUCUCUAUUUUGUAAAUCCCCUUCCUCAAGCUACUGGUUUAUCCUUGAACAUCCCGAGGGUAUAACUGAACGAGAACCUUUGUUGGGAAAAGCAAGGACAGAAGGAACUGGUAAGAGUCACAUCACAAGAAAAUUGUCAUGCAUCAUGCACUGAUAUCAAUUUUGCACCAAAUUAGGUGGUUACAAUUUUUUCAUGUUUAAAGUUCGCAAGCCAAAGAAACCUAAUAAAUGGUAUUACAGUUCCAAUAACCCAAAGACUGAUUUAUAACUUGAAAAGUGAGACUAUAUUGAGAUUAAUUUAAUUUUUUUCAUAGAGUGAGGGGAAGUGGGAGGACGAAAUCUAUUACGGUUUUAUUCUUAAUGUAUUUGUACUUGUUUUGCUUAUUUGUUCCUUUCAGAUAAACUCCCUGUUGUUUCGCUAACCUUUGGGAAGAAACUUAGCAUUACCAAAGUAAGUUGCAAGUUUACACAGCGUGUAGUUUAAUUAUGAAAAGAGAGAGGAGCCUCUGAGAGAGUCGUCAAAAGGGAUCUUUCGAUCCAGCCAUUCCGUAAUCAACUCAGACAUUUUUAUCAGUUAACACCGCUCCAUGACGCAUUUCGUUAUUUGGCUCUUGUGCUCUUGUCUUGUUUGAAGAGAGCCUUUCUUUAGACUCAAAAAUCAGUCACCACUGCAGAAUAUAUGAUAACACUUCCUAUCUUCUUUAGAGGUAAACACUCUAACAUGCUCGUAAGAACGGGACUUUGAAGACUAGUUGAUACCAGCCGCCAACCCCUAUCAAUGUGAAAGUGGUCCCUCACAAAAUUCUAGCACGCUCACUUCAUUCGCCAGCUCUAAGCCAGCUUGCAGGCUUCUUGCCGCAGCAGGAAUGAGAGUUUACCUCCAGGUUAGGACGAGGCAGUCUUAUCCUUCCUCUUCUUGGUCUCUCUCUUUUUUUUUCCAUCGUAAGCCCUGCUUUUCCGCUCGUUCCCACGUAAUGAUGCAUAGAAAGGGCUAGGUAUGUAGUGGGAACUCUUCAUCAAAAAAUUUACCGGGACUGUAUGGUUUUAUAUUAACUUAGUUUCUUUACUUCUGUUUUUCAAAAGUCGCUGAUGAAGUUUAUACUGCCGAUAUUCUUUAUUUAUUUUGCUGAAUAUUUCAUCAACCAAGGUUUGGUAAGUACUUUCACUUUCACAUCUUAACUCUAUAAGUAGCUCUACUCGAGAAGUAGCUACUGCACCUUUCAACAACAGGAAAAUUACCUCUGAACGUCUUUACCGGAAUUUGGUCAUCAUUCAUCACCUGUGAGAGGAGAGGUGGGAUUGGAUGAUUUCUGAUAAGAUUUACCUGAUCGCCCCAUAAAGCUCUGUAGUUUUAUGCUGUUGAAAGUGCAGUGAGUGGAAUAUGCUCGUGUGCUCUAAACAGUCAAAGUGUUUUUCGUUCUUUAUAUUACUUAUAAUUUUACUAUUAGGUACAAACAUGGUGACAGGUCACUUCUUCCUAUUAUUUUGUUUUCUUAUAGCAUGAAUUGAUAUACUGGAAUCGAAUUUGGCUUUCGCCUUCUGACCAGUACAGAUGGUGAGUCACAAUAAGAUGUCGACGGAUAAAAUAUUUACCAUAGGAGCGUUUUCUCUGUGGGAGAAGCGGAAAAGUCGAAACGUUCGAGUUUGAGGUCUGAUCGGACUCAUUUGCGGUGUAGUGCUCUUAAGCGAGACACUUAGAGCCUUAAGAUUCUGCUUACUAAGUAAUGUUAAUGGAAUAACUUGCCAUAGACAAAAUUUCCCCUUCGAUGUGGAGGAGUAAUCGUUUUAAACUACUAACAGAUUGGAAGUUCUGGCAAUCGUAUUGUUUUUUUCUUCGAAACUUUCUAUUUUCCCCGAAACAAUUUGGCAAUUCAGCAGUGCCGGUACUGAAUGUCAUGUUUUCAGCAUAAUAAAUGUUUACGCUUUUUUAAGACAGAUUAAUAAUUAUACGUUAAUCGUGAUUCGAAAGUUUCACAUAUAAAAGCCAACAAAAGCCUGACAUUCGAAUAUUCUUCUCCUUUGGUUGUUUGUUGUUGCUUCUGGAAUAUUAGAAUAACUACACUCUUAAAUAUUCUUUCUUAUCUCUUUGUUAAGGUAUCAAGUUAGCUUUCGGGUUGGUACAUUUAUAUCACGUUCAUCUGUUAACAUCUUCCCCAUCAAAAAGACUUGGUUAUUGGCCGUUCUACAGGUGAGCAUCUCUGAUGGGUCAGUCAGUCGGUCAGUUAGUCGGUCUGUCAGUCAUUCUGUCUAUCAGUUUGUCAGUCAUUAAAAAUCAGUCAGUCAGUCGGUAAGUCAGUUAGUUUGUUAGUCUGUUGAUCUGUUAGUCUGUUAAUUGUUGGUUAGUCUCUUGGUCAGUUGGUCGGUCGGUCAGUUGACUUAGUCAGUAUUUGACUGUCUCUCAUACCUCUCUUUUUUCGCAGAAUGUCAAUCUUGUCAUACUCCUGUGCGAAGCGUAUUUCCCCUUCCUGCCAUCAGUGUGGAUCAUGUUCUUGAUAUCCUUAUAUGUAGGGCUUCUAGGAGGUUCCUGUUACGUCAAUACAUUUUACAGGAUAUCACAAGAGGUAUGACCUAUUCGUCAUACUCACAACAAAACAGAGCAAAAUUAGUUUUUUUCUAGCUCAGUGCUUUGUUUGCAUCCGCUGCUACACACACUCUGAUAUUGAAAAGACUCACCAAUGGAGUUAAGAGAACUAUUGCAAGAAAGCACGCAAGGUACUAUAGAUCACUUCAGAUUUAAUUUGAGAUUCAAAGCAUAUCUUUCAAGGCCUUGUCAUUAGCCAUCACCCGGGUCUUGUAGUAAUACAAUGAAAAUAAGGUGAGAAAAGUCCCAUGCGAUUGAAGUUUGCAAAGUUCUCUGAGAAGCAGUGUUUUUAGAUACAAGGUAGCUGCAAUUUCUUUGGCUUUUUGUCGCUAAUAUGACGAUUUGCUCGACUGGAAGAUCCAACAGACUGUUAAAGUCUUCACUAAUUUUACUCCUUGCUAAAUUGGUUUUGGUGCUUUGGUAUCGAGUUAAAUGGCAAAGCAACACUUGUGCUGAUAAAGUUCCUAUCUCUUCCCAGGUCCCGCCGGAACAUAGAGAGUUCUCGAUGGGUGUGACCAGCGUGCCUAUAAACGGUGGCAUUGCACUAGCUGGUGUCGCUGUUUUGCCUACCCAUAGAGCUUUCUGUACGUACUGGAGAAACAAGAUGAGAAGUUAA